AUCGCCACUUCUAAACUCUGGUGGCAUUAAGCAUUUGCAAUUUCGCUGUCUCUGCUUUGAGUCUCUGACGGCAAAUGGAAGCCCUUGCCGUCUCUCACCGUCUCGUUCCCUCCGACCACCGACUCUCCAUCCCUUCCCGUCGCCGACAAACCUCAUUCUCUCUCACUCCAUUCAAUACCUCAAACUCGCGUCUCCUCACACUCAAAUGCUCCUCUCUCUCCUCUCCAUUAUCAGUCGACCAUUCGGUGAAGUUCAGGGAAGCUGCGGAGCACGGGAACUUGAUUCCGCUGUUCCGGUCCGUGUUCUCAGAUCACCUGACUCCGGUGCUCGCUUACCGUUGUUUGGUUAGGGAAGAUGACAGGGAUGCCCCCAGCUUUCUCUUCGAGUCGGUGGAGCAUGGUUUAAAGGUUUCCAGUGUUGGGCGGUAUAGUGUGAUUGGGGCUCAGCCAAUGAUGGAAAUAGUGGCGAAAGAGAAUAGGGUGAUAAUUAUGGAUCACGACAAAGGGAGGCGGACAGAGGAGCUUGUGGAGGAUCCAAUGUCAGUUCCUCGGAGGAUUAUGGAGGAAUGGAAACCCCAACGCUUAGAUGAGCUCCCUGAAGCAUUUUGUGGUGGGUGGGUUGGUUAUUUCUCAUAUGAUACGGUGCGCUAUGUAGAGAAGAAAAAGCUACCGUUCUCAUAUGCUCCAGAGGAUGACAGAAACCUUCCUGAUGUUCAUCUAGGCCUUUAUGACGACGUAAUUGUGUUUGAUCAUGUGGAGAAGAAGGCAUAUGUGAUACACUGGGUGCAAUUAGAUCAAUUUUCUUCUGCUGAGGAAGCCUUUAAUGAUGGAAUGCGCCAGUUAGAAACUUUAGUGUCUAGAGUGCACGAUAUAGCUCCCCCAAGGCUGGCUUCAGGUUUGAUUAAAUUAGAUACUAGCCUUUUUGGUCCUACAUUGAAGAAGUCAACAAUGACAAGUGAAGCAUAUAAGGAUGCAGUGCUGCAGGCUAAAGAACAUAUCCUGGCUGGGGAUAUUUUUCAGAUUGUAUUAAGUCAACGUUUUGAACGGACAACUUUUGCAGACCCUUUUGAAGUCUACAGGGCAUUAAGAACUGUUAAUCCAAGUCCCUACAUGGCUUAUUUGCAAGCUAGAGGGUGUAUUCUGGUUGCUUCAAGUCCUGAAAUUCUUACUCGUGUGAAGAAGAGAAAGGUCACUAACCGACCCCUUGCUGGAACAAUUAGGAGAGGGAAGUCGCCCGAAGAAGAUUAUAUGCACGAAAAGAAACUUCUUAAUGAUGAAAAGCAAUGUGCAGAGCACAUCAUGCUGGUUGACUUGGGAAGGAAUGAUGUUGGAAAGGUCUCAAAACCUGGUUCUGUGAAUGUUGAAAAGCUCAUGAACAUUGAACGGUAUUCUCAUGUCAUGCACAUCAGCUCUACAGUCACAGGAGAGUUAUCUGCUCAUUUGACUAGCUGGGAUGCUCUCCGUGCUGCAUUGCCGGUUGGAACAGUUAGCGGAGCACCAAAGGUGAAAGCCAUGGAAUUGAUCGAUCAGCUGGAAGUCACAAGGCGUGGGCCAUAUAGCGGUGGAUUUGGAGGCAUUUCCUUUUCUGGAGAUAUGGACAUUGCCUUGGCUUUGAGAACUAUUGUAUUUCCAACUGAAAUGCAUUACAAAGCAAUGUACUCAUACAAGGACGUGAAUAGUCGCAGAGAGUGGGUUGCGCAUCUUCAAGCUGGGGCUGGUAUUGUGGCUGACAGUGAUCCUGGUGACGAGCAGAGAGAGUGUGAGAACAAAGCUGCGGGUCUUGCUCGAGCCAUUGAUCUUGCAGAGUCAUCAUUUGUCAACAAAUGAAAAGGAUUUCAUCCACAUGUAAAGAUUGUUGUUCGUCAUAUGUAGUUCAGGAGUAGAAAUGCACUUUUGUUUGUGGAUGUUUUUGCGUCCCUUGGGGAAGGAAAAUAAUGGAAAUGGUCGUUGUUUGGAAA